UCCCAUCUUAGUCCAUAAUUCCCUCACUCAUUGAACUUCCUACCCUUCCUGUCUCUUGUUCCAGCUCUUUUCCUCUCUCAACCCCCCCUUUUUUAAACCCCAAAAAUUAGACACUCUUCACAUAAAUCUGACACACUCAAAGUCCUUAAUCUAGUAACCAGCCACGGCAAUGGCCACUGACAACGCCUUCGAGGUCGACUUCUAUAGUAACAGCACCACUACGUCCAUCACUGACGACAGCCCUGCCUGUACUUGGAACCACUGGGGAUCCCCUGUUGUUGAUUGGGAUUCGUUUUCAAGCGACCCAGAUGACUUUCAAGACCUCAUUGAGUCCAUGAUGGAUGAUGGAACUGGGUUUGAGCUAGCUCGAGUCGCACAUGAAACUAGUAACUCAGUCUCCACUGAUACCAUGGUUGUCGAUGAAGAAACCAACGGUGAUGAGGAUUCCAAGGGGUUGAGGUUGAUUCAUCUGUUGAUGGCCGCUGCUGAAGCGCUAGCGGGGGAUAACAAGAGCCGUGAACUGGCUCGAGUGAUAUUGGUUCGGCUCAAGGAGUUGGUUUCCCACAAUGAUGGAACCAACAUGGAAAGGUUAGCUGCCUAUUUUACCGAGGCCUUACACGGUUUACUUGAAGGCUCCGGUGGUGGCCACGGGAAGCAUUUAAUAACCAAUGGACCGCACCACCACGGUGAUGAGCAUCAUCAUACUGACAUGCUCGCAGCUUUUCAGCUGUUGCAAGACAUGUCCCCGUAUGUUAAAUUUGGUCACUUUACGGCCAAUCAAGCAAUCCUGGAAGCAACUACUCAUGAUAGGAGGAUCCACAUAGUAGACUAUGAUGUCAUGGAAGGGAUCCAAUGGGCGUCUUUGAUGCAAGCCUUGGUGUCUAGGAAAGACGGACCACAAGCCCCGCAUCUUAGGAUCACGGCUAUAUCGAGAACUGGAAGUGGCCGACGAUCGAUCGGGACCAUUCAAGAGACCGGUCGAAGAUUGGUUGCAUUUGCAGCCUCCAUUGGGCAACCCUUUUCUUUCCAUCAGUGUAGGCUGGACUCUGAUGAAACGUUUAGACCCUCAGCUUUGAAAUUAGUUAGAGGAGAGGCGUUGAUCAUCAAUUGUAUGUUGCACUUGCCUCACUUUAGCUAUCGAGCACCUGAUUCAGUCGCUUCGUUUUUAUCCGGGGCAAAGACCCUAAACCCACGUCUAGUGACCCUGGUGGAAGAAGAAGUCGGACCCAUUGGAGAUGGAGGGUUUGUGGGGCAAUUCAUGGACUCAUUGCACCAUUACUCCGCCGUCUACGACUCUCUAGAAGCCGGAUUCCCUAUGCAAAACCGUGCUCGGGCCUUGGUCGAAAGAGUAUUUCUAGGGCCACGAAUAGCUGGAUCAUUGGCCAGGAUUUAUCGAACUGGAGGAGAGGAAGAAAGCUGUGGUUGGUCAAAAUGGUUAGCUACCAUGGGAUUCAAGCCUGUUAACAUCAGCUUUGCCAAUCAUUGUCAAGCAAAAUUACUGCUGGGCUUAUUCAAUGAUGGAUACAGAGUGGAGGAGUUGGCCAACAAUAGGCUCGUUUUAGGAUGGAAAUCCAGGCGUUUGCUAUCAGCUUCCAUUUGGACUUCCCCACACAGUGAUUUGUAGAAAAAAAUAAGCUGUCUUUUUCUUUCUCUUUCACCCCCAUGGCAUCGGUUUAAAUUUUUAGCCCUUUUCAACAAAAAUAUUAGACCAGCUUUAGUUAAGGAAUAAGCAAAUCCCAAAAGUUUGUUCAUAAUCCAUUGGUUUUAAGCUAAUGCGGCUAUUUGUAAGAACAUGAGCUAGUUUGUUGUCUUAUUUGUUGUGUGUGCAUGUUUAAAAAUGAAAAUAAAAAGUGGGUGAGGGAGAAGGUACAAAUAUUUGUUGGCUA